GUUAUACGACGUUACCCCCAGAUAACAGGGUGCGUUCCGUUCGCUAAAUGCAUGGGAUAUAGCAUGUUGUAAAAUUAUGUCGGGGACCAAAUACAACUUCGUUUUACAGGACUCGGAUAACGAAGCCAGCUCGUCAAGUUUUGUUGUCAACACAUCCACCACAGAGUUAUUUGAGGGUGCCAGAAGAAAGAAAAAAUCAAGAUAUAUCAUCUAUGCUGUUGUUUUGAUAAUUGGGAUUGCUGUCAGCCUUGGUGUAGGGUUAGGUGUAGGACUGAGGAAGGACAAGGAUGGGUCCUCUGACUCCCAGACUGACACUGAUGCCCACAAACAAACUACUGCAGUCCCUACAUCCACCAUCUCCACCCAUCCAUCCAGUGGAUCCACAUCAUCAGCAACCUCAUCCACUAAUUCAUCUGUUCCAUCAUCCACUACAUCUCCACCGCUAAAUAACUGGAUAGAUGAGCCAUGUAUACCACAUGACGCCAAACCAAACACAUGUCCAUGGAGUACUCCUCCGCUGCUGUUGGUCUCAAUGGACGGCUUCAGGGCCGAUUACCUCACCAGAAACCUCACCCCCACCAUUCAGAAGCUGGGUCAGUGUGGGGUCCACACGCCCUACAUGAGAUCUGUUUAUCCAACUCUGACAUUCCCAAACCAUUACAGCAUUGUCACAGGUCUGUAUCCAGAAUCUCAUGGAAUUGUUGACAACAACAUGUAUGAUGAAAAAAUCAAUGAAACCUUCAUGUUAUAUGGUGGCAAACCUGAGGUCAGGAGCAACCCAGCCUGGUGGGGAGGGGAACCAUUGUGGAUUACUGCUCGCAAGCAAGGGAAAAAGAGCGCUGCAUACUUCUGGGUUGGAUCUGAUGUUAACAUAAGCGGCCAUUACCCUGAUAUAUGGAAACAUUAUGAUGGGGAUAUUCCUUAUGAAGAGAGAGUGGACACUGUGAUAGACUGGCUCAGUUUGCCUGACGGUGACCGGCCAGACUUCCUGAUGUUGUACUUUGAUGAACCAGACCACACAGGACAUAACGUAGGACCGGACGGACCGGAGGUGAAUGAAAUGCUGAGGAAGAUGGACAACAUUAUUGCUUACCUUAUGAACAGACUAUAUAGAAAACAAAUCCACAACUGUGUCAAUUUGAUUGUUUUAGCUGACCAUGGAAUGGAGAAGACAUCCUGCUCUCGCCGAGUGUUCUUGGAUAAAUACAUUAAACCAGACGACUAUCUGAUAUUUGAUGGAAUCAUUGGCAGCCUCCACAAAGACUUCUACAUGAAAGACAAUGUGGUGAAGAAAAAGGAGACCCCAACACCCUUGGAGGAUGUGAUGGGUUUAUUAACCUGUAAGAGCGGACAUCUACAAAUGUUCUCCAAGUCUGAUAUCCCUGCGAGACACCAUUACACCAACAAUAGGAGGAUAGGAGAUAUCAUCAUAGAUGUGCAGGCCCAGUGGAUGGUGGGAAAAGAUAAACAUGUAUACUGCAUAAAAGGAAACCAUGGAUAUGAUAACUUAUAUCGAAGCAUGCAGGCUUUGUUUUUGGCUCAUGGUCCAGGCUUCAAACAAAAUUACAGUUCUCAGCCAUUUGAAAAUAUUGAGUUAUAUAAUCUUAUGUCAGAGCUGAUUGGGAUACGUCCAGCGCCCAACAAUGGGACACUGGGAGCUCUCCAUGACAUCAUGCACCGCCCUCCAUCCUUAGGUGCAAUGGUUCCUACAGUCAACUACAAGAACUGUCCUGCUGUUCCAACAGUGAGGGCCUCUAAUCCAAAGAACAACUGUAGCUGUGAUGCGAGUUCUGCUGUACAGUAUCCUCAGCAGGUUGAUGAGAGCCACUCCCUGCCCCUGGGGGUGGUACAACAGACCGAGGACCAUGAAGCCUGUGUCCUCCACAACACUGACUAUUCCACAGCCUAUAGCCACAAGUACAACAUGCCUGUGUGGACAUCUUAUGUACUGAGGGACGGUCAGAAUGUCAGUUUGGUUGACAACUGUGUCACCACUGAUGGAAGAAUUCCAGCCAACAACAGAUUCCCAUGUACUAUGUACCAGACAGAAAAUAUAACAUUUGCCUCCUUGUUUAAUGAUGGAUUCAAGUCUCAGAGUGGGAGCCCUGAACCAAGCUUCAGUUCCAACAUCAUGCCCAUGUAUCAGGGCUUCAAAUCAGGGAUUUGGACCUACUUGUGGAGAAUCAUAUCUGAUUUUGCUGGACAGCCUGGAGACCUUAGUGUGACCCUUGGCCCUGCCUUUGACUAUAAACAAGAUGGACUUUAUGAAGGAAUCAUUGACCAAACAAAGUUUGUUGAUAAUGAUACAAGGAAGAUACCCCUCCCUACACAUUUCUACUUGAUUUUGAUCCGCUGCAAAAACUCAUCUCACCAAUCUCCUCUAACAAAUUGUCCCAUAGAAGAUCUGGAUACCAUAUCCUUCAUUCUUCCAAACAUACCAUCUAUUCCAAAUUGUAUGCCAGAAGAGGAAUAUUUGCGUGAAAAUGUGGCAAGAAUCCGAGACAUUGAGCUGUUGACAGGACUGAGGUUACUUUCAAAGUUCAAUGAGGAGACCUCAGCUCGCCCAAGAACACACCUAACCACAGCACUCUGGCCCACUCAGAAUAUUGCCUACAAAUGGAGUGAUCUCCCUUGUGAUGCCAAGAGCCAGAACACUUGUCCAGGUAAGAUACCCCUGUUGCUGAUAUCACUGGAUGGAUUUCGAGCGGAUUAUCUGAAGCAGAGGCUGACCCCUGUGAUUCAGAAGAUGAGGGAGUGUGGGGUCCACGCUCCGUACAUGAGGUCUGUGUACCCCACUGUGACAUUCCCCAACCACUACACGAUUGUCACCGGCCUGUAUCCUGAAUCCCAUGGUAUAAUAUCCAACAACAUGUAUGAUGCUGAGAUAGGAGAGGUGUUCUCUCUGUCCAGUAAAACCAAGGCUGAUCCGCGAUGGUGGGGAGGUGAACCGCUUUGGAUAACAGCAAAAAAGCAUAACAAGAAGACUGCUACAUUCUUCUGGCCAGGAUCUGAUGUCAACAUAUCAGGGAUUUAUCCAGAUAUAUGGAAAAUGUAUGAUGGUAAGGUAGGGUUCCCGGAGAGAGUGUAUGAAGUCAUCAGUUGGCUGACUUUACCCGAGGAAGAGAAGCCCGAUUUCAUCACCUUGUAUUUUGAUGAGCCAGACCACGCUGGACAUGGGGGUGGGCCAGAGAGUGAGGGAGUCAGCGAUCAGCUGAAAAACGUGGACGAUAUGCUGUCCCGAUUAAUGGACACAUUGUACCAUAAAGGCCUCCACAACUGUGUCAACAUAGUGGUCAUUGCUGACCAUGGAAUGGAUGAUGUUAGCUGCUCACAAGUUGUGAAGCUUCCUGACUACAUGCAUGACCUCAUUCCUGACCUUGCCAUCUUUGGUGGGACGUUUGGGAGAGUGGAGACAAAGUACCACAAAAAGUCAAAGUACAAAAUUUUUCCAAAUGAUCAGAACAGUACUAAACCAGUUAGUGAAGUGACAGGUAAGAUCAUGUGCCAGCACCCCAAGAUGAAGGUAUUCACAGGGGACACAAUCCCCAAGCGCUUCCACUACUACAACAACCCAAGGAUGGGAGAGAUUCUACUGGAUAUGCAGGACCAGUGGCUGGUUACUGAUUCAAAUUACUUUUACUGCAAUGGUGGAAACCAUGGAUGGGACAAUUUGUAUAAAUCAAUGCACGCUUUAUUUCUUGCUCAUGGCCCAGGCUUUAAGGAAAAGCUGCAGAUAGAGCCAUUUGAAAACAUUGAGUUAUACAACAUGAUGAGUGAGCUGUUGGGAAUAACGCCAGCUCCAAACAAUGGAACUCUGGGAUCCUUACACCACAUCCUGAGGAAUCCCGCACCCCUGACAGACACCACCCAGACAGUGGACCACAAGUACUGCCCUGUAUCUGGUAACACCGGCAGUGCAUGGGUCCCUGUGUGUGGCUGUACCAACCAGAAGAACCAAUCAGUGAAUGACUUGAUGUCAGAACAUUUAACCUCCUCUCCUGACUUGUCCUCUCCCCUUGGUCACCCUGUGGGGUCAGGGAACCUGUCCAUGUGUGUCCUGAACUACACCUCCAUGUUGACUGGCUUCAAUACUGACCUCCAGACCCCAGCAUGGACACAAAUGGUGCUGUCUCCCAAACAGAAUGCAAUGAGUCAAAACCAGACCAGUUGCAUUGUAAAUGAUCCCAGAAUUCCACAAGGGUCUUGUGAUGACUUCACUGAUGAUUCCAGAAACAUUACCAUGGGUUUCUUAUAUGAUACUGAAACCUUUUAUCCUGGUAGUGUGGGAAAUUUUCAUUACAGAUCUAAUGCUCUUCCAAUGUAUAAAGGCUUCAAAUUAGGAAUCUGGAAGAUGACAUGGAAGCUGGCAAAGGAUUAUGCCGUGAAAUUUAAUAACAGUGUCAGUGUAAUGGCCGGACCAGCUUAUGAUUACAACAAGGAUGGACUAGCUGAUCAGUCGUUUAAUGAGUCAAGCUACAUUAAGAAUGGCAGCUCUAUUGUGCUCCCCACUCACUUCUUCAUGACCCUGGUGAAGUGUAAGAACCCCAGUGACAAGUUUCCUUGUGGAGAUGACUUUGAUGUGAUGUCAUUUAUUCUGCCUCAUGUGGAUACAAUUCCAAACUGUUUGACAGAGGAAGAAUAUCUUACAGACAACGUGGCUCGAGUUCGUGACAUUGAGUUGUUGACAGGACUCAAGUUGUUCUCCUCAUACAACACCUCCACUCGGGCCAGAUUAUCCACCUUCCUUCCUGUGAGCUUGUGGCCGUCACUGAGUCAAAAGUGGAUUGACACUGAAUGUGGAUCCCCCACAACAGAGACUUGCAACUCUCAAUAUCGGCCUCUUGUGUUAAUCUCCCUGGAUGGCUUCCGAGCAGAUUACCUCAUCCGUAAUUUCACUCCAAACAUCCGACGGCUGAGUCAGUGUGGUGUUCAUGCUCCGUACAUGAGAUCAGUGUACCCGACCAAGACAUUCCCCAAUCAUUACUCCAUUGUCACUGGUCUGUAUCCUGAGUCACAUGGUAUUGUGGAUAACAACAUGUAUGACACCGAAAUCACAGAAAAAUUCAGCCUCAGUUCGCCAAAUGCGACUGACCCGCGAUGGUGGGGUGGGGAACCAAUAUGGAAUACUGUGAAAAAGCACAACAAGACAUCUGCAACUUACUUCUGGCCCGGAUCUGAAGUAGAAAUAGAAGGCAUGCGUCCAGAUUUUUACAGGGACUAUGAUGGUAAAGUUCCGUUUUUAAAGAGGGUUGAUACCGUUUUGUCCUGGAUGGAUUUGCCGGCCAAUGAACGGCCUGAUUUUAUCACACUGUAUUUUGAUGAACCUGACCAUGCUGGGCAUUCAUACGGCCCUGAUGACAUUGUGAAGAUCGGGCAAGCCCUGACCAGAGUGGAUGAGGCUGUUGGUCGACUGAUGGAAGGACUUUACAAGAGAAACAUGCACAAUUGUGCCAACAUAAUCAUCAUUGCUGAUCAUGGCAUGGCUGAUAACAACUGUGACAGACUGAUUAGUUUUAGGGAUUACAUCACCAAUGUGAACAACAUGUACAUAUAUGAGGGAGCCUUCAGCAGGAUAGAUCCACUCCACAAGUAUUCUAGCUCAGGACUCCAUCCAGUUACCCAUCCCUACUCUGUGUCCAGUAUUUUGGCCAAUCUAACCUGUAAGUCUCCCCACUUUAAGGCAUUUGAUAAGAAUCUCCUACCUGUCCGACAUCACUAUGUCAACAACAAGAGGAUUGAACCAGUGGUUGUUGACGUGGAGGACAAGUGGUUGGUGACCUUCAGGUCUCUGCAUGGUUACAACAAGAAGUACUGCCAGGGAGGUAACCAUGGUUACGACAAUAUGUACAAGUCUAUGCAGGCCCUUUUCCUGGCCCAUGGACCAGCUUUCAAGCAGAAUAUGACAACAUAUCCCUUUGAGAACAUUGAGCUUUAUAAUAUGAUGUCUGUAAUUUUGAAUCUCACCUCCCCUGCUCCAAACAAUGGAUCCUUUGGAGCCCUGCAUCACAUACUGAGAAAUCCUAGCACUGUCGCCAGGGUUCAGGGCAAUAAGAAUGAUGGAAACACAACCAAAGUGAAGGCCUCCGAGUUUGUCAAAGCUGUGGACAAUGCUGCAUGUCACAAACUGUGCUCUUUCCUGCCAGAAAAGAUGCAGACUGUGGGGAGAUACCUUGCUCUCACCUCAAUGAUCACAGACAUGGAUGUAUCCGAACAGCUUCCGUAUGGAUACCCCUCUGUUCAACACUCUGGAGUGUUCUCUAAAAUACUUUACCAGGACAAAUUCAUCACUGGCUACAGUGAACAUCUAAAGCGCCCCCUGUGGAUUGCUUAUUCCUUGAAUCAAGCUCAGGUUAGGGAGGUUGGUAGUGAUGACUCCGCCUGUGUGGUCCCUGACCAGAGAGUGUCGGGUCAGUUUGAGGGGGUGGGGUCCUGUAACACCAGUGGUUCCUUAGACAGCCAGUACAGAUGGACCUCACUCAUUGGCCAGGUUCCUUCAUCAAUGAGUCAGUCUGAACUGAGUUCCUUCUCAUCUAUCUAUGUGCCGAUGUUGAAUGCAUUUAGAAAUGGAAUAUGGAAGACCUUGCAUAAGAAAGUUGAAAAAUGGACCACUCUAUAUAGCAACAUAAAUGUAAUCACUGGGCCAGUGUUUGAUUGGAAUCACGAUGGACUGCCAGAUCAGUUCAACCAGUCCCAGCCAGUUCCCAGUCAUAUCUACAUGGUCCUCUCCCGCUGCCCGACCUCUGUCUGGCCCUGUGAGUCUCCUGUCACUCUGUCGUUCAUCCUACCCCACAUAGAGAAGGACACCAACUGUCUGUCACCUGACGACUAUCUGAGUGACAAUGAGGCCCGAGUGAGGGAUGUGGAGAUUGUAACUGGACUAGAGUUCUUUACCGGCAUAGCUUUUGACAGUGCAAUAAGGACUAGGACAUACCUACCUAGUGGUGUGUGGUGAUCAAUAGGAUUCUGUGAUCUGUGUAAAACUGAAGGCUAUUGUAUAAUUAUUACACAUACAAAAAUAACUGAGUGGAUGAACAUUGAUGUUUGAAUGCCUUGAUGGUGCGAAAUGACUAAAUAUGUUAUCAAUUAAAAUUAUAUUUUGAUAAGAAGAAGAGAAUGUGAUACAUGUAUAUGCAUGUUUUGUUAACACAUAAAAAUCAUUAAUGAUACAGAAUACAUACGUUGAAAACUUGUUCCUUUUAAAUGCUGUGUUGUCCUUUAAAAUCUCAGAUGGUCAAUGCGAUCAAAUCUGAAUUAGGAUUCAAAUCAUAUUUUCUUCUCAACUUCAAGAUUCAGGAUUCAAAUUAUUGUGCUUCGUCUUUGAGAUUUAAAUGUCUAUCAUAUUUGUAUACAAAGGCAGUCUUGCAGGAGACUACGGCAAAACCUGAAAAUCUCCCCAUGGAACCUGUUUCCUUUUCGCAAGACAAAACUCAUAUAACCUCUACCACUAAGCUAGUGAACUGUCUUUUUUUAAUAAUGUUGAUUUAAGGUGGUAUUGGACACCUCUAUGUUGUGACGCAUUGUUUAUCGAAAUAAACAAGAAAAUGAAGUGUAA